GUUUGCUACUAUGAGGCUCAGGUGAAAUGAUCCUGCCAGUCUUGUGAGUUGUUGCGACAGUUCAGCUGUUUGAAGCACAGGCGCCUUCAAGUACUAUAAUGGACCGGUCGAAUUAAACCCUGGGAAGCGAUCUUUCACAGAGGCCUCUGCAGAAAUGGACAACGGAGGCUCAAUGAGCAUGCUGGACUACGGAGAGACCUUGUGGGAAAACGCUGAGAAGAACCGGUACAUCUUGUGCCGUUUCAUCAACCCCAACAAGCUGACCUCAUACCUGCGCCAAUGCAAGGUCAUCGAUGAACAAGACGAAGACGAAGUGCUCAACUCUCGCCUGCUGGAGUCCAAAGUCAACCGCGCAGGCCGGCUGCUGGAUAUCCUGCACACGAAGGGAGAGCGAGGCUAUGUGGUUUUUCUGGAGAGUCUUGAGUUGUAUUACCCUGACCUCUACAAACUGGUCACGGGGAAGGAGCCGACACGCAGAUGCUCCACUAUAGUCGUGGAAGAGGGCCAGGAAGGCCUCAUCCAGUUUUUAAUGAAUGAAGUCAUGAAGCUUCAGCAGCAGUCCAAGGCAAAAGACAUGCAGCGGAUGGACGUCAUGACUAAAUGCCGCACACUAGAAGACGAGCAUAAAAAGCUGCGUCUAACCAACCAGGAGCUGCUGACUUUCCAAGAGCGCUACAACAAGAUGAAAGAAGAGCGCAAUAACUAUAACGAUGAACUUAUGAAGGUGAAGGAUGACAACUAUCAGCUUGCCAUGCGCUACGCUCAGCUCAGCGAAGAGAAGAACAUGGCCGUGAUGAGGAGUCGAGACCUUCAGCUGGAGAUCGACCAGCUGAAGCACAAGCUGAACAAGGUGGAGGAGGAAUGCAAAAUGGAGAGGAGGCAGUCUCUGAAACUGAGGAACGACAUUGAGAACCGACCCCGAAAAGAGCAGGUAUUCGAGCUGGAGAGAGAGAAUGAGGUCUUGAAGAUCAAAGUUCAGGAGCUGCAGUCCAUUAUACAGCCCGGGCCUCUGCCGGAUUCAGACAAGGCCAUCUUGGAUAUCCUGGAGCAUGACCGACAAGAGGCUCUAGAGGACCGCCAGGAGCUGGUCGACAGACUCUGCAACCUUCAUGAAGAGGUCCGACAGGCCGAGGAGCUCCGGGACAAGUACCUGGAAGAGAAGGAGGACCUUGAGUUGAAGUGCUCCACUUUAGUGAAGGACUGCGAAAUGUACAAGAACCGCAUGAAUACCAUCAUGGUGCAGCUGGAAGAGGUGGAACGUGAACGGGACCAGGCUUUCAAAUCGAGAGAUGAUUCUCAACAUCUCGUCUCUCAGUGUCUAAUCGACAAAGACAAGUAUCGCAAGCAAAUACGAGAGCUGGAAGAAAAGAGCGAUGAGCUUCAAAUCGAAAUCGUACGAAAAGAAGCCAAGAUAGUCAACCUGGAGUGCAAAUUGAGAAGGAUGGCUAAGGAAAAUGGGUUGGAUCAGAGUCUGCCACGAGGCAUUACACCACUGAUCAUAGCUCAAAACUUUGGCCAACAUGAUGAAGACUCAGGAGAAGACACUGUGGAUGAUGUGGAGUUUAGGCUCCAGCGCAGAAGUAACCUCAAGGGCAGAGUGAGUAGAAUUAAUAGACCAAAAUCUCCAGCAGCUGGACCCAAAAGUCCUUUAUUCCCAGCUCAGCCUUUCACCAAUGGAGAUCUGUCAGAACAUGCGGCCGGUGACAGCACAGGCUUCAGCAAUGCCAGCCCAAUGAAUACUCCUGCCGAGCUCUUCAGUAAAAAUAUUCGUAGUCGCAAUCACAGUAUCUUGUCCACAGCACCGGAGCCUCCGGACAAUCACUCCAUUGUCAGGAGAAUCAAAGAGAACUCAGACGCUCUGCACAAGAGCUUUCUCCCUUCAGACACUGCAGAUACUGACAGUGGAGACAAUGCCGAUAUGGAUGACCAUGAACCAUCAUCCAUCAAUUCAUCUUCCUCUUCCCACCAGUCUGAGAUAAUGGAUUCGUAUGAUCUGGAGCAAGUCAAUAACAUCUUCAGGAAAUUCUCGUUGGAGAGACCUUUUCGUCCUUCAUUGACCUCAGGCCCUCCACGAAACUCAUUGCGAACGGUUCAGAGCCUUUCUCUCUCUGGAGAAAACCUUUUGUCUGAAAUCACUCUGAUUGGUGGAAAUGAUAGUGGCAUCUUCGUGAACUCUGUCCAGUCUGGCUCUGAUGCAGAUCUGGCUGGAGUUAAAGUCGGAUUUCAUCUUUUAAUGCUGGAGGGAAAUGUUCAUGGAAAAGCAGAGAGUGUGUCUUUAGACACCAGCACUAAAGAAGAAGCCCACUGGACCCUGCAGAGAUGUUCUGGACAAGUGCAUCUUCAUUACAAAUCCAGCUAUGACAGCUACAGGCGGCUGGUGAAGGAUAUUGAAGACGGCACAGUGGUAUCUGGAGACUCCUUCUACAUACGUCUCAAUCUGAACAUCUCCAGCCAGUCUGAUAACUGCUCGCUGAAUGUCAGAUGUGACGAGGUCCUCCAUGUUCUGGACACCAUGCAUCAAGACAAAUGCGAAUGGCUGUGUGCCCGUGUCGACCCUUUCACAGACAAGGACCUGGACAAAGGCACCAUACCGAGUUACUCAAGAGCCCAGCAGCUCCUCUUGGUGAAGAUUCAGAAGCUGAUGUGUCGAGGAGGCCGAGAAGAUGUCGACACUCUGAGAGUGAUCCGGAGCCCCCUACAACCCGACGAGCCCGCACCAUCUUCUGACCCCAAGUGUAGUCCACGUCUGUCCAGAGCCAGUGUCUUCAUCUCUCAGAUAUUACAGUUUGUCAGCAGGGUGGAUAACAAGUACAAGAGGAUGAACAGCAGUGAGCGUGUCCGCAUUGUCAAUGGAGGAAAUCCAUCAUCCGUUUCCAGACCAGGUUUUGAAACACUGAGGCCUGAGGACACGUCUGACCCAGAGAGUGACUUGAACAAGAGCUUGAAUCUCAUCCCGUACAGUCUAGUGACCCCACACCAAUGCCAGCGUAAAAGGCCCAUCCUCUUCACCCCUAACAUCCUAGCCAAAACCAUCGUCCAGAAGUUCCUGAAUCUGGGAGGUGCUAUGGAGUUCACUUCAUGGAAACCAGACAUUGUGACAAAAGAUGAAUUCCUCAUGAAACAGAAGAUAGAGCCCAUCAUUUAUUCCAAAGAAAAGCAGGCGGGCACGUAUGAAUGCAUCACCCCAGAAAAUAUAGAAGCCGUUGCCUUCAAGAAUAAGCACUGUCUUCUGGAGGCCGAUCUGUGCUGUGUGAAAGACCUGCUGAGGAGAGAGAUCUUCCCCAUCGUCAUUUUUAUCAAAGUCUGCGAGAGAAACAUCAGAAAAAUAAAAAGGCUUCUUAGAGUGGAUUCAGAGGAGGACUUCUUGAAGAUGUGCCGCUUCAAGGAGAAGGAGCUUGAGACUCUGCCAUGCCUGUACACCACCAUAGAGCCGGACUGCUGGGGCAGCGUGGAGGAUCUCGUCAAGAUCAUCAAGGACAAGAUCUUUGAGGAGCAGAAGAAGACUGUCUGGGUGGAGCAGGACCUGCUGUGAGUCUCACAACACUCUUGCAGCUCUCGGGUGGAGCAUGUAUGCAACAUUCGCACAUACACACACACACACACACAUACACAAACAUGUGAACAGGAAAUCACUCUAUCAGAGGCCACAGCUUGGUGGGGUGCUUUCACUUUGCUGUCAAACAAAAAGAGAAAACACAUGGACUGGUACACAUUGUAAGCAGAGGAAAUGUUCUCACCCCACAAGUCUAUCUAUUAAUCUCCUCAAUCGAAAAUGGUGUCAAUAUCAUUGUUCCGAUUAUCUGUCAUUUUCAAAGGAAUGCAGAUUUUGGGUUGGUUUGUGCAUAACUGUAAAUUGAGUCUGACAACAUUAUAUUUGCAGUACAGGCUUUGGUGUCAUAAAUGAAUGCUGUUAAUUUUUUCACUUCUAUAUUUAUUUUGAUACAAAUCCACUUUUGUAUUUUAUCUGACGGUUGGUUUUUAUGUGGAUACCACACAUGUGGCUUAUCUCGUUGUCAGUUUUAGCUGCUACAUGCAUAAAUACUUGGCAAGGUUAAGCGGUGCAUAUUGUAGAUCAAUGGCAUUAUCUAUUUGUACAUGUUAAGCUUGUGCUGUUUUAUGUUGGCAUGAUUUUAAUGUUUUUUUUGUUGUUGUUAUUCGUGAUGUGGGCUCUAAGCAUGAGGUGUAUGAUGUUCCUAUUCGAGUGCCUACUUUUACAGUCUUUACCUAAUCAUACCAUGACUGAUGGGUAGCUUACAGUUAAAUUAUUAGACUUUUUUUGUACAUUUUAGGUUGAAAUAUGCUUGAAUGUUUAAAGGAAACUAGUAUAUAUAUAUAUAUAUAUAUAUAUAUAUAUAUAUAU